AUGACCGACAAAGGUGCCCACCCCGGCGUGAAGAGUCUCCUCGCGAGGUUCGAAAAUAGCCAGCCAAGUGCCGCGUCUCCUCCUCCUCGCGACAGAUCUCCCGCCAGCUCUGAUAGUCUAUCGAAGGUACGCGCAAGCUUUGUCGCUGUUGAUGGGGGGUCUCAGGGGGGUCCCGCUCUGGGUUUACGCCGCAUAAGCCCGCAUAGCGACAGCCUCCCUUCGCCAUCGAGAGCUAAAAGCUUUGAGUCGGAAGAUCUUGAUGGUAGCAUCAAGAGCAACGGAUCUUCCGCUCAACCGACCAAUGGGUUUGGUAGCCCGCAGCAAGUGAAUGCAACCGAGAAGCAGGACACUAUCCCCGCUGCCGUCGAGCCUAAAGGAAAAGAGAAGGCCGAUGAAGUAACUUCUGAAAACAAGGAAAACCAGCCGACACCCAAAUCCGGCACGGUUGUACCUGAAGCAUCAACAGCAAAGCCCGCGAAGACCGUUUCAAAGAAACCGUCAAACGUGAACGCCGGAAAGAUAGCUUCGACCAAUAAGCCUGCCUCUCAAGCGCCAAUUUCGAAGACCUCAGCCACAUCACGCACGGCAACCUCGGCCACCAAACCUGACACCGAAAAGACCGCGGCCACUAGGACAAUCCGCACAUCUAGGCCAUCUACAACUGCUGUUAGUGGAAAGAGCAACGAAGCGAAGGCACCUGUUCAUAAAACAAGCCGGACAUCGCUUGCCACAACAAAUAAGACGUCUACCAGGCCAACCCGUGCUUCGCCUCCCGCUCGUGAGGCUACGAAGCCGGCAGCUCGAAGUAGUGAUGUUCGAUCGUCAUCGGCAGCUAGACCAGCUCGUGUUGCAAACUCCACAGGUUCUUCCCAAACGUCAGCAGCGAAAUCCGGUGCUACUUCUACUCUAUCGCGCAAGCCGUCCAGCUUGAAGAGCACAACACGCCAACGUGCAAUUACCCCUACCGCAUCCAGUGUUCGUAAGCAAGCAGCAUCGCGUUCGCCCCCUGGGCAGUCACCGAAUGAUCGCCCACAUUCCCGUUCGAGUACAGCCUCUAAGCCCGUCGACGAGAGCUUUCUGGCAAGGAUGAUGCGCCCUACAGCCAGCUCCGCAAGCAAGACGCACGAGAAAGUGGAAAUCAAGAGUCCUCCUCGAUCCAAUGUCACCCGCUCCCCCAGGAAGGUAUCAUCAAAGUCGGACACUCGUUCACCCCCUGCAACGAAGCAGAAAGCUGUACCUAAGACGCCCUCCGAGCCCGAACAUCGCCCUGCCAGCGAAUCAGUCGAGACUCAACAGAAAGAACAAGACGCCAAGCCCGUGCAAGAGGCCGCGGAACAAGCUACUACAGAAAUUCCUGCCCAGGCUCCGGGCAAGUCUCCGGAACCUGUUAUUGAAACCAAGUCACACGAGGAGGCACCCGCUGAUGCACCAGUGGAGCCUUCUGUUGAGCCUUCUGUUGAGCCUGCUGCUGAGCCUGCUGCUGAACCUGCUACUGAGCAUCCUACUGAGCCUGCUGCUGAGCCUUCUGGCAGCAUAGCCAACAAGGAAUCAGAGGUGACUCCUGCCGCACAGCCAGAGCAGACAGCCGAAGAGGCAGCCUCCGAACCCACCGAGCCCACUAAACCUGAAAUCUCUCAGAAGGUCGAUGAGAAUGCUGAGCCCACAACAGUUCCUGCAUACCCAGAAACCGAGAUUCCUGAGAAGAAGGUUUUGGCUCCAGCUGCAGAGAUUGUGGAAAAGCCAACCGAGCCGGCAGACAUCAAUGGUGCUGACGCUCCUCGAACAGCAGAGCCAACUGAAUCCGAGGUACCUGCUGUUUCACAAGACAAGGAGCUCGCUGCCACCAACGAAGCCCCUCUUGAGCCAGAGACCAAAUCUGCCGAAGUUGAUAUUGAUCUCAGCAAAUUGACGCUAAACGACAAGGAUGCCUCGAACUAG